AUGCUGCUGCUGUCCCUGUUGCUGCCUGUGCUGGGGGCAGGGUCCCUGCAGGAGGAUCCAAGGUUCAAGUCGGAAGUGCAGGCGUCGGUGACGGUGCAGGAGGGCCUGUGCGUCUCUGUGCCCUGCUCCUUCUCCUACCCCCAGGACGGCUGGAACGAGUCGACACCAGUUUAUGGUUACUGGUUCAAAGGAAGGAACACUGGUGUUCCAGUGGCCACAAACAACCAGGCUCAACAGGUGCAAACGAGGACCCGGGACCGAUUCCAGCUCACCGGGAAUCCCCGGAACAAGAGCUGCUCCUUGGUGAUCAGAGAAGCCCAGAAGGAGGACAAGGGAACGUACUUCUUUCGCGUGGAGAGAGGACGCACCGUGAGACACGGUUUCGAGAAGUCAUUCUCUCUGAAGGUGACAGGUGUUAAGAAGCCAGAAGUCUAUGUCCCCGAGGUCUUGGAGCCCAACCAGCCAGUGACGGUCCUCUGUGUGUUUAACUGGACCUUCGAGGGAUGUCCAGCCCCUUCCUUCUCCUGGCUGGGGGCUGCCCUCUCCUCCCAGGGAACCCGGUCAGCCUCCCACUUCUCAGCGCUCAGCCUCAUGCCCAGAUACCGGGACCACAACACCGACCUGACUUGCUGUGUAGACUUCACAAAUGGUGUGAGGACAGAGAGGACCGUCCGACUCCGCAUGUCCUCCCCAGAGCCUCAGGGAUACCGCCCACGCCUGGAAGUCCAGAAAGGCCAGUUCCUGCGGCUCCUCUGUGGUGCUGACAGCCAGCCCCCCGCCACGCUGAGCUGGAUCCUGCAAGACAGAGUCCUUUCUUGGUCCCACCCCUGGGGCCCCAGAACCAUGGGACUGGAUUUGCCUGGGGUGAAGGCGGGGGACUCAGGGCACUAUACCUGCCGAGCAGAGAACAGGCUGGGCUCGCAGCAGCACACCCUGGACCUCUCUGUGCUGUAUCCUCCAGAGAACUUGACAGUGACGGUUUCCCAGGCCAACAGGACAGUCCUGGAAACACUCAGGAAUGGCACGUCCCUCCCAGUCUUGGAAGGCCAGAGUCUGCGCCUGGUCUGUGUCGCCCACGGCAACCCCCCAGCCAGGCUGAGCUGGGCCCGGGGCAGACAGACCCUGAUGUCCCAGGCUUCAGACCCAGGGGUCCUGGAGCUGCCUCAGGUGCAAAUGGAGCUCAAGGAAUUCAGCUGCUGUGCUCAGAACCUGCUGGGCUCUCAGCAAGUUUCACUGAGACUCCCUGUACAUGAUGGGAAAUCAGGGCCUCUGGCAGAAGUGUUUCUGCUGGCCCUCAGGGUCUUGGCUGUGAAAGUCCUGCUUCUCUGCCUCUGCCUUGUCUUCCACAAGGCGAGGUCCUGCAGGAGGAAGGUGGCAUGGGCGGCAGCAGGCAUGGAGGAUGAGUACACUGUCAUGGGUUAA